UAUGCACACAAUGUCAACAACUUGACUAGACUGCACACGGGAUCCGGGCCGGACGGGAUUAUAAUACAUCAUGUAAUAUUAUACGAUCUUUGAUUAAACGAAACGUACACAACAAUCGUAAAGAGCAAAGUCAUGAGAGUCAUCGAAGUUUAUAUGUACAUGUACUUAAUGCAGUACGUGUAGUUGUCUGUCAUCUGUCGUCUAUUGCAUUAAUUACAUCAAACAUACUAUUGAAGCCACACUCUCCAAUGGAAACUAACUUUACACAUUGUCGCUGAAGCCUAAGAAAGAAACAUUCCACCGAUUUCCCCCGGAAUCUCAAUGGUUGCCCACAUGUCAAACACCACAAUGAGCGAGGAUAUCCCACUGAACUUCGAACAGGUUCUGCCCUUUCUCGUGGUGGCCGGCCUCAUCCUUUUGCUGAAUCUAGUCUUCUGUUGCUAUCUAUUGAGGCUGAAAAGAUCAGGAAGAGUUGAGACUGGAUUUAAAACAGUUAGUUUCACAAAGAAGAAGAUAGGAGCCAAGUUUGAUAUGUGCUCUGUCUGUCUGGAGGACUUUGAGGAAGGCACCAAGAUUGGUCAGUGCUCCUGCGGGCAUGUCUUCCACGUUGUAUGCAUCGCCAGGUGGUUGAGAUUGCGCAACACCUGUCCCAUUUGUAAUGCCAUUUUGCUAGCCCAUGCGACGGAACGCACAAGCUUACGCUUCCACGUGGCCCAGCCCCAGCCCCAGCCUACAACAAGCGCACUCUAACUCACAGUGCUGAUGCGUGGGGGCCAUUUCCGCAGAGCUGGUUAGCAGAAUAACUUCUGUUCUUUAUAUGAAAAAAAGUUUGACUUAGCCUGCAAAAAGUAAGUGGAUGUUGCAAAAAUUGAAGAAAAAAGUAAAUACUUUUGAUACCUGACAAAUAAACACUGCCAAAUCAUCAUUCUCCCAAUUAUUUUAAGAGAAAGUUUGUAAAUAAUGCAUUAUUAAAGUAAUUACUGAGGGAAUAGUCAUUCUGGUGUUGAGAUGUUGACGGUCAAUUAUUGUAUAUUUAAAGGUAAUAUACAACAUUUGCAAACAUCAAAAAACAAAAUUACCAAAUUAUUAU